UGACUUGACUGUAACCGUUCAUCUCCUCGGUCCUCGCGUGCUACGAAAGUUGCAAAAGGACCUUCGUGUACAUUAUAACUUAAUCUUAUUUCAUCUAAAAAGUGUGUGCUUGUAAUAAGUGAAAAUAAAAGAUUCGAAAAUGGUUCAAAGAAAGAUUAAAGGAAAGAAAGGCAAGAAGAAGGUAGCAGCAGCUCCUCUAGUGGCCAAAAAAAUUGAAGCUAAGAAAACAGCUAAUCCUUUAUUUGAAAAACGACCUCGUAAUUUUGGCAUUGGUCAAGAUAUUCAACCGAAGAGGGAUCUCAGCAGAUUUGUUAAAUGGCCCAAAUAUGUUCGCUUACAAAGACAACGAGCAGUGUUAUAUCAACGGCUGAAAGUGCCCCCACCUAUAAAUCAAUUCACCCAGGCUCUUGAUAGGCAAACAGCAACUCAAUUAUUCAAGCUUUUGGAUAGAUAUCGUCCUGAAACUCCUCAAGCCAAGAAAGAACGUUUGCGAAAACGUGCAGAGUUAAGAGCUCAAGGCAAAGAUGAUGUUCCGACUAAAAGAUCACCUGUCGUUAGGCAAGGGGUUAACACUGUGACCAGUCUCGUUGAACAGAAAAAGGCUUUGCUUGUUGUUAUAGCUAAUGAUGUGGACCCUAUUGAGCUUGUGUUAUUCCUACCAGCUCUAUGUAGAAAGAUGGGAGUUCCGUAUUGCAUUGUUAAAAACAAGUCGAGGCUUGGACAAGUGGUCAGAAGAAAAACUUGUACAUGUUUAGCUCUAAGCACUGUAAACUCUGAGGAUCGUAAUCAGCUGAAUAAACUGGUUGAAACAGUUAAGACGAACUUCAAUGAAAGAGCUGAUGAGAUUCGACGACACUGGGGUGGUGGUAUUCUGGGUGCAAAGUCUGCAGCUAGAAUUCACAAGUUGGAAAAAGCCAAGGCAAAAGAACAAGCCCAGAAAGUGGGUUAACUGUAAAAUAGCAUUUGAUGAACAUUUCAAAAUAAAAAUCAUGAAAUUACUUUUCA